AUGUCAAAUUACUAUCGACGACUUUUUCCUUGGAAGCAACUCUUCUUAUGGUUGAAUCAAGAUCAUGUACCGAACUACGCCUUUACACAUCGAGAGUUUGCUGUCACCCUUCGAAAUGAAGCUUACCUAAGAUACAACUCUUAUGCGAGUCAUAUCGAAUUGCAAAAGGAUAUUAUCAGAUUGAACCCUACGAGAUUCGAAAUCGGACCUGCUUAUACGGCUCAGCCCAAAGAUCGAAAACUGAUCUCCAAAGCAGCUUUUAAACCGAUCUUAAGAGAAUUAGUCUUCGAUAUCGAUCUAACGGAUUAUGAUGAUAUUCGAAGCUGUUGUUCUGAAGCAAGAAUCUGUUUAAAGUGUUGGAAAUUCAUUACCAUCGCUGUACAAGUUUUAGAUUUAUCAUUACGAGAAGAUUUCGGAUUUCAACAUCUUUUAUGGGUUUAUUCUGGUAGAAGAGGUAUUCAUUGUUGGGUAUCAGAUGAAGAAGCUUUGAAAUUAACCGAUGAACAGAGGAAAGGGAUCGUUAACUUUCUUGAUAUCUUAAGGGGUGGAGGAUCAAGACAUGGCUUGAAAGUGUCUUUGACCCAUCCUCUUCACCCUGCAAUCGAACGUAGUUACAAUAUCCUCAAGGUUUACUUUCGAGAGAUUGCGUUUGUAGAACAGGAUGCUCUCAAGGAUCCUGAAAAAUUGUCAACUGUACUGCAAGCUUUGAGUGAAUCAGAAAAAUUGAAGCACAUCUCUGAGAAGUUGACGUCGGCAAAAGAAUUGACCUCGUUCGCUAAAUGGGAAGAAAUUCACAAGACGGUCGGACAAGAGAUUAAAAAUCUUGAUAAAAAAGCUAACUCUAGCUUCGGUGAUCAAAGAAGGAGCCAAAGAUUAAAGGAAGCACUGAUCAAUAUUCAAUUACAUUAUACAUAUCCUAGAAUCGAUUUAGAAGUUUCUAAACAUAUGAAUCAUCUUUUGAAAAGUCCAUUUUGUGUACAUCCUGGUACAGGUAAGGUUUGUGUACCGAUCGAUCCUACUCAAAUUCAUGCAUUCGAUCCAGAAAAAGUUCCAGAUGUUAGAGACCUUUUAAGACAAUUAGACAAAGUUAAACUCAAUCAAACUGGAGAAGGACCUCAACAAAGUAAUCAACCUAGUUGGGAGCAAACAUCUUUGAAACCAUAUAUUGAAGUUUUUGAAAAACAUAUAAAUAAGAUUGUAAGAGAAAAAUUAAAAUCUAAAAAACAUAAAGCUCACUCUAUGGAAUUUUGA